AUGUGGCAGUCAUUACUUGAACAUCCUGAAAGAGACGGUUAUGUUUCAUUCUUAACUAAUCAAAUUUUAUUUAUCCCUCUACCAAAUGAAAAUAGAGAAUUGCUCAUUAAUGAGAUUGAAAGUAAUUUUGACUCUUGUGCAGCCUCACUCGAUGGAGACAAAAUUAGUAUUGUUGCUGACACCAACCAAGACACUAACUAUAUAAUUAAUUGGCUUAGACAAAGGUAUAGCUCAAAUUACACAGACAACAUUUAUGAUCCAACACACUCUAAAGCAAUAAUCAGAUUUCAAAAUGAAGACUGGAUGCCAUAUGACACCUUUUCUUUUGGAUCAGGAUUUGUUACAAUGAAUAAAAAUGAUAUUCCACCUAAAUUUGUAGUAGAUGGAGUUACAUACUAUCUUCAUCUCAAAAGAAGUUCAAGAAGUUGUUCAAGAAGACGUUCCUUUUCAAGAAGCUCAUCUUCAAGCAAUAGAAACUCUUUCAGAUCACCUUACCAUUCACCCACAAGAAGAUCAUCACCACCGCCUUUUGAAUAUAGAGAUUCAUACAGGUCUUCUCUUGAUAUAGACCGUUGUUCUUUUUCAAGAGACCUUUCAAGAGAUCGCUCAAGAAGUCGUUCCUCAACUAUUUUGUUUAGAAAUUCAUUCAAAAAUGAUUCUCCAGAAAGAAGGAGGUCAAGGUCUAGAAGAAGAUCAUUUAGUUCAAGACAAAGUAGGUCGUAUAAUAAUAGGUCGAACUCAAGAAGUAGAAAUUAUAGAUUAGAUCAUUCUAAUCCUAACCAUUCUCCAAGAUAG